UGCCAAGCGCGGCAUAGGCGUAAGUUGCCCGUGAUGUUCCAGUGAGCCUGCGCAAGAGGGUAAGGUUGAAAGCUGCAGUUUAGCAGAGGCCAAAUUAAAGUAAGCACAAAGCAGCCACAAACUUAAUAUAGCACCUAUCGCCCCUUAUGAGGCUCCCGUUUGUUCGCCGCUAUCCGAUACCCAGCCAAAGACAGAGUGGUUGAGCAAAAAGCGUUGUGUUCCAGUUGGUGCCCAAGAUUUGAAGCGCUAGUUCGCAAAUCACCGCCUAUCUCCGCUCUAUCGCCUACCUCUGAAGGGGGAGUGCGUGGUGUGCGGAAGUCCUGAACGGGAUUCCAGCUUUGUUGUACAUAGUAAGGUGCUGGAAUUACUCCGGGCACUGAGUGUUUCAGCGGGAUUCGGGUGCAGAGAACGUAAACAUGGCGGAAUUCGAAAACACGACGCACUCCGAGGUGUCCAAGACCCUUCGGCUUCCCCUCCCCCACGUGGUGCGUGCAGCAGUUCCAGUGUGUGGGUAUGUUAAGCGCGGGGAGCACAAUGGUCAGUCGUGGAACACCGAUCCUUAAUCUGAGCGCGAGCCCGUGGUCGUCAUCCACUGUCCAAAGCCUGUAAGAAGGUACAGUGCCGUGAAAAAAUAUUUGCCACCUUCUUGAUUUUCUCUAUUACUGAAUAAUUGUCACACUGAAUGGUUUCACAUCUUUAGACAAAAUGUAAUAAUAGACAAAGGGAAACUGUGUAAACACAAAACACAUUAAAAAAUUAUUUCAUUUAUUUAAUGAAAUAUCAAACACCCAUGUAAAAAAUAAUUGCCCUCUUAGUUAAUCAAUCUACCAAUUAACCAAAUUUAAUUCAUAAUUAGAUUCAGCUGAUUGAACACAGCCAGGUUUGAUUGCAGCCAGCCCUGUUGAAUGUAAACCUCAGUCAUAUUCAUCCUUACCAUCAGGGUGAAGUGAUCACCACAAAGUUUCUACAAGAUUCACACUAUGCCACGAUCAAAGGAUAUUCCACAUGAGAUGAGAAAAAAAGUUAUUGAAAUAUAUCAGUCUGACAAGAGUUACAGAGUCAUUUCUGAGGCUGUGGGAGUCCAUCGAAGCACAGUGAGAGCCAUUAUCGCCAAAUGGAAAAUACUUGGAACAGUAGUGAAUCGUCCCAGGAGUGGCCGACCUGCCAAAAUUUCUCUGGGAGCACAGCGACAACUCAUCCAGGAAGUCACAAAAGAUCCCAGAAGAACAUCCAAUGAACUGCAGGCCUCUCUAGCUUCACCUAAGCUCAUGGCAGAGACUCUGGACACCCCAGCUGGACCCACACAAGAAGUUUCUGAUGUGGAGAUGCAAACGGAUGACAGUGAGGAGGAUAUGAAACCCAUGGUCCUCAACCCUGCCCUUUCUUCAAAAGCCAGCGAUAAAACAGGAGUGGCUAUAGGGGAGGGCGAGGUGGAGAGCAAGGACAUUGCAGGAUGCAUCUUGGAGCCACUAGUUGGUGACGCGGGAGCGGGCAGAGAGAGGGACAGCAGGGAAGAGAAGGACAGCAGGGCAGAGGAGGACAGCAGACCCACAGAGACGGAGAAGGACAGCAGACCCACAGAGACAGAGAAGGACAGCAGACCCACAGAGACGGAGAAGGACAGCAGACCCACAGAGACGGAGAAGGACAGCAGACCCACAGAGACGGAGAAGGACAGCAGACCCACAGAGACGGAGAAGGACAGCAGACCCACAGAAACGGAGAAGGAUAGCAGACCCACAGAGACAGAGAAGGACAGCAGACCCACAGAGACGGAGAAGGACAGCAGACCCACAGAGACGGAGGAGGACAGCGGACCCACAGAGGCGGAGGAGGACAGCAGACCCACAGAGGCGAUGGACAGUGCCAGUCUCCCUGUGACCGCAUCCCUUGCCAUGCUCCCCAGUGUGCCCUCUUCUUCAAAGGAGAUGGGCGGGGCUGCGGUAAAACGAGCAACCGAACCGAAGGAGAGACUUGGUGCAGGAGAGGAGUCGGAGCAGGUCCCCAUGGUCCAGGUCACGGAGGAAGAAUGCCAAAUGGACACUUUGCCCAGCAUUGCUCUGGACAACUCCAGCACGGAAAUUCAUGUGGAGAAGGACACAAAUGUGCAAACAGCGGCAGGCAAAGAUGCUCAGGCAAAGAGUCAGGAUAUGCAGAUCAACCAACAGAUGGACGGCAAGAAAGAUCAGGUCUCAGGCGAAGACACAGAUCUCAGAACCAGAGAGGCUGAGGAGCACUCUUUGGAUCGAGUGGAGGCCUGUGGUGUGUCCACAGGCAGUAUCAGGAUUGAUGUGGCUGGACCUUCGCUGGACAGACAGCCACCCUCUUCACCAUUACCUUCAACCCUCCCCAUCCACAAUAGAACAAAACCACAGGAGACGGAGACAGAAGCAAGAGGGAAACCGGUAGACGAGCCCUGUCAGGAAGUUGAGAUGAGGGACUCGCAAACAGUGUCAGACUCCCCACCUGUGAAGAUUAAGGAUGAACCAGUGGACGAAGAGUAUGACCAUGCCCUUGUCCCCCAGAGUACCCCAGGGGGAAUCAAGGAUGAACCCGACACCACAGAGGAGUUUGGCCUGCAGCACAAGACGCCGGAGGAACUGAAGAUCAGCGCUGUGUUCUCUGUGGGAGGAAAUGCGGCACCAGGAGUCCCAGUUUCCAUUGCCCAGCCUGUGAAGGAGGCGGCUCCCCCUAAGAUGGUCAGUCUGACCACGCCUCCGGCCCCUAACCCCGCCCCUAACCUCGCCCCUAACCUCGCCCCAGCGCCCCCUCUGACCUCGGUGCGGGUGUCCUGCUCGGGCUGUAAGAAGGUCCUUCUGAAGGGGCAGACGGCCUACCAGCGCAAAGGCUCCUCUCAGCUCUUCUGCUCCACCAUCUGCCUCACAAGCUACACUCUGCCCACCAUAAAGUCCGUGCUGAAGAAGACCUGCCACUACUGCCUGAAGGACAUUGAGAACCCAAAGGAUGUGAUCAUCGCUCCUGUGGACAUGGCUGGGACAGUCAAGGACUUCUGCAGCCAGUCCUGCCUGUCCUCCUUUGACUUUAAGAGGAAGACGGCCGUCUCCACGCUGUCCUCCGAGGGCGUGACCAUCAAGUGCAGCGUGUGCAACAAUAUGGCCGUUAUUCGGCAUGAGGUUAACUACCAGGGAACGGUGCACAAGCUGUGCAGUGACUCCUGCUUCACCCGCUUCCGAUUCUCCAACAACCUGACCAUGAAUUGCUGUGAGAACUGCGGGGGUUACUGCUACAGCGGGAACGGCCACUGCCACGUGCUGCAGAUAGAGGGCGCCAACAAGAAGCUGUGCAGCCCCAGUUGCGUCACCGCUUACAAAAUGAAGAGUGUUAAGGUGACUCCCUGCGCGAUAUGUCGCACGCUGCGCUCCUCGGCUGAGAUGGUGGAGCACGUCACCUCUCACGGCAAGACGGAGCUCUUCUGCAACACCAGCUGUGUGACUGCUCACAAAGUGCAGUCUGCCAGCACCUCAGCUCGUCCCGCACACCAUUCACAUCGUCUGCCUGGCGUGUGUGUCAAUGCAGGCACGGUGUUGCCGUGCAACCAGUGCAAAGUUUCAGCGGUGCCGCAGUACCACCUGGCCAUGUCCGACGGGUCCAUGCGCAACUUCUGCUCCUACGGCUGCGUCAUCAACUUCCAGACAGCGUUCAACAAGGCUUCCACUCAGAGCCCUCUCAGUGUUGUCCCCUCGUCUGUCCUGGCCACCACCACGACUCUGCCGCAACCCGUGGUCACCAGCGCUGCCACCUCCGACUCUGCUCCACCUGCCCCUGCUCCAUCACAGCCCGUCGUGAGGGGGCAAAUCCGGCUCUCCUGCAAGCACUGCUACCGCCUCUUUGCCUCCAAACCUGAGCUUUUUGAGUUCAAGGGUCAGAUGGUUCAGUUCUGUGGGAAGACGUGCUCUGAGGAGUUUAAGAAGGUCAACAUCGUCAUGGCUCGCUGCGAGUACUGCAAGAUCGACAAGGUGGUCAAAGAGGUCAAAAAGAUCAACAAGCUGGACUGCUCUUUCUGCAGUGAAGGCUGUAAACUGCUCUACAAACACGACCUGGCCAAGCGCUGGGGGAAUCACUGCCGGACCUGCGCCUACUGCAGCAACACGUCCCAGCGGGUCAUCCAGAGCCAGUUCGGCAGCAAGCUGGAGGAGUUCUGCAGCGACGAGUGCAUGUCCCACCACACCGUGCUCUUCCUCCAGAUGUCGAAGUGUGACGCGUGCAAGCGGCAGGGCAAGCUGAUCGAGUCGCUCAAGUGGCUGGGGGAGAUGAAGCACUUCUGCAACCUCCACUGCCUGCUGCAGUUCUGCAGCCAGCAGGGCACCGGCACCCCGCGGGCCAGAGCCACGCCCGUCGCCACGGCGCCCCAGGGCACCGCCACGCAAGCACCUGUCGCUAUUGCCCCUGCCCUGCCUCCUACAGCCAGCCUGGAGAUCCCAGCCCUCUCUAAUCUCGCAACCAAGGAGGCCACGCCCGUCAUCGCCAACGUCGUCUCGCUCGCCAGCGCCCCCACUGGGCAGCCCACGGUCUAUGCCAACACUGCCCUUCAAGGAGCUGUUCCCGUGACUCCUGCGAAGGUCAUUGAACAUGCCAGCACACAGACGGACGCCCUAAAGCUGCCCCCGGCCCCGCCCGUCAGAGUGCUGAAGAACAAGGCUCUGCUCUGCAAACCCAUGAGUCAGAACAAGGGCACCAUCUGCAAGCCUCACACACAGAGCACAGAGACACAGACCGAGGAGAACUUCCCGAGAGUCAUCGUGCUGCCCGUUCCUGUGCCCGUCUUCAUCCCCGUGCCCCUGCACAUGUACACCCAGUACACCCCGUCUGCGUUGGGCCUGCCCGUCCCGGUCCCGGUGCCCAUGUUCCUGCCCACCACGCUGGACAGCGCCGAGCGCAUCGUGGAGACCAUCCAGGAAAUCAAGAACAAAAUCCCCUCCAACCCCUACGAGGCCGACCUCAUCCUCAUGGCCGACCUGCUGGCGGAGGAGGACGAGGAGAAGGAGAAGCCCCUCUCUCACGGAGAUCAGGGCAGCUCCUACAGUGGAGACCUGGAGUCAGAGGCCGUGUCCACGCCUCACAGCUGGGAGGAUGAACUCGCCACCACUGCCCACAAACACGGCCGCGCUCCUGACCAGGACGGAGCCCCCACACCUGCCACACCCUCACCCCCAUCCCAGCUGGACCUGGAGGCCGACUUCCCCUUUGAGUCCUCGGACCAUUCGACAGCCCCGGCAGAGGACAGCGAGGCGUCGCCUUUGAAACCUCGUGUUCGAAGGAGGGCUCGAGAUGGCUUCCCACCGAGGAAGAGGGGUCGAAAGCGGUCCAGUCCAGCGGCAGCAGCAGCAGCAGCAGCAGGCCAGCCGCGCGAUGCUCCGCCCCCUGCUGGCGGUUUGAGGCUGCACCACCAGUACGGGGUCAAUGCCUGGAAAACCUGGGUCCAGUGGAGGAGCACGCAGCCUGACGUGGAGAAGCCCCGAUUCGGCGCGCGGCCCAUGGUGCUGAAGGAGGACCUGCUGCAGUGCAGCACGGCGGAGCUCAGCUACGGCCUGUGCCGCUUCAUCGGCGAGGUGCGCCGGCCCAACGGCGAGCCCUACACCCCGGACAGCAUCUUCUACCUCUGCCUGGGCAUCCAGCAGCACCUGUUUGAGAACGGGCGGCUGGAGAACAUUUUCACUGACCUGUUCUACGGCAAAUUCACCGCGGAGAUCACCAGACUCCUCAAGGACUGGAAGCCCACUGUACUGCCCAGCGGUUACCUGUGUUCCCGUGUGGAGGAGGAGUACUUGUGGGAGUGUAAGCAGCUGGGGGCCUACUCCCCCAUCGUGCUGCUCAACACACUGCUCUUCUUCAGUGCGAAGCUCUUCCGCAUGAAGACCGUCGCUCUGCAACGCCGCCUCUCCUUUGCCCACCUGAUGCGGUGCACCAAGACCCGGAAGAACAACCGCAAAACCAGCUUCCUGCGCUUUUACCCCCCCGCGCCCAAGGAACCCACAAAUUCAGCUGAGAAGGCGGUGGUGCCUGCAAAGAGGAAAAAGGAGGAUGAGCCAGAAGACGAAGUGCUGGAGAUGCCAGAGAAUACAGAAAACCCCCUGCGCUGUCCCGUUAGACUUUAUGAGUUUUACCUUUCUAAGUGCUCAGAUUCUGUGAAACAGCGCACAGACCUGUUCUACCUGCAGCCAGAGCGCUCCUGUGUGCCCAACAGUCCGUUGUGGUACUCCUCUGUACCGCUGGAGGACAGCACCAUGGAGACCAUGCUCACCCGUAUCCUCACCGUGCGGGAGGUGCACCUCGAAGUGGAGCCCUCGCAGAAGUCUGCCUCUGAUGCCGAGACCUCUGAGUGACAGGAGACAUUUAAAAAAAAAAAAAAAAGAUGUGUGCUCUGCAUACAAGUAGAGAUGGGCAUUGACACGCAUUACAAAUAUUCAUUCAUGCACACACAAGCGUGUGCAUGCAGUCACAAAUUCUGACAUCAGUAGUAGUGGCGACCAAUGGAGACACGGGUGCAUUUCUCCCAUCCCUGUCCUCCUGGACCAACAAAGAGUGGCACCAGUGGGUUGAGUUACCAUGGAAACCCCCACAGUUUAAUUAUUCAACGGCCAUUUUGUCCUGUGCGUCAAGUGACAUUAUGAGUGGCUUUUAUCUGAAUGGUUUAAAUAUGUGAUUGCUAUGAACUCAACUGCUCUUUUGUAAUGAGAAAUAAACCCAAUGACUUGUGGUCAAGCUCACACAUGCAGUCAAGUAUGUAUUGUUAGCAGGGUGAAUGUACAACCCUCCCAGACAUUGUUGUGCAGACUAGGCCUUUGUCCCAUUCUGAAUAAUUACAGGUUUUUGAAUGUAUAGAGGGUGUGGAUAUUGGUAGACUCAACCUUUUCCACCAGCUCCCUUAAAAACCAGAUUGUUUUGGGACAGACGUGGCUUGGACUUCACUAGAACACCAGUGUUUCAUUGAUUUCUGAAAUUUCUGGAGGCAAUCCUGAAGUACUGUGAACCAUUAAGUGCUGAUGUUCUGUUCAGGAAUUUUGCCACACAAGUUGGACAGAGUCCACUUUGUUUGUGGGAACGAUGGGACUACGGAUCUCCCCUGUAAAUGGGCGCACACAACACAUAGUGGAAAAAUAACCAGUUAUUCCUGUGUACAAAUAUGAUGUAUUGUGUCUUGAACCUUCAUGGUUCUCCACACCAGUGUAUGAGGACAGUUUUAACACUGAAGAUCCCUGUACUGGUGUAACGGCUGCAAAAUUGCAUGUCCUAUAGAUGUAUCCUCCUGAAUGGGAGUGUAUAUUUUCAGUGGGCGAUGGAUGACAGUUGUGUGUCAUUCAUGUGGAGUGACAAGCCAAUGUAUAGUUUGCUGUGUAAAUCGGUCUCAUUUAGCCCGUAAUGGUGGGAAUUCAAAGGAAUACAUUACAGAUGCAUUUGUCCUUCUGGUGGAUUUGGUCAGGUGGGACUGAAACUUUUGUAUUAUGUUCUUUUUUACAUAAAAGUCAGUGCUGAAAAUC